AUGAUCUCUGUCUACUCUGUCCUCUUUACCCUAGUGCUGUUCUCUGAGCUGAGCAGCCACUCGGUAACUGUAGCCAUACCUGCAACUAAAGUAGAAGCUGGUCUAACUGAACAAGAUGGCCUUGGUUCAUUACUGGGUGAUGAACCCAUGGCUGAGCAUGCCAUGGUGCCGCCCGUGUACAAACAAAGCCUUGUGCUGGACAACAACUUCAGGGAAGAGGAUGGAAAUCCUAAAAUCAUCAUGGUCUCGGACAUGAGGCAGAAAGGACACAGUACUCGCGGGCUGAACCCGGCCUUUACCUGGCGCCUGCCUCUGCUCACAGACCGAAGCUUGAGCCACACUCCCGCCGAGUACAGUUUGAAAAUAGAACGCAGAAACACUGAUCUCGACAUACUGCGGUGUAUGAUAGGAAGAGUGUACCGACCCUGCUGGGAAGCUGGCAAUCUCCCCUGAGUGUGCUGUAAAUAUUUCUUCCUCUUGUGUUAC